UGGAGAGAUUCAGCACCUCCACAACUCUCUCGUUUCCUCCUCUCGCUUAUCAACAACCUCUGUCAUUCACUUAACAAUGACCGGUGAAGUCCAAAACUUCCCGCCAGUGCGGGCAUGUCUUUUCGACAUGGACGGCCUUUUGAUCGACUCGGAAGACAUAUACACGGUUAUCACUAAUAAAAUCCUCCAUUCGUUCGGAAAGCCUUCGCUGCCAUGGUCUAUCAAAGCUCAGCUCCAGGGACGCCCUCAGCCAGAAGCCGCAAAGAUCUUCCAUCACUGGGCACAACUCCCAGUUCCGCACGAGGAGUAUCACAAGCGCCAAGGAGAACUCCAAGCUGAGCUCUUCCCCACCACCCAGCCUCUACCCGGCGUGGAAACAUUGCUCGCAAAGCUCGUGUCAACGCAAAAGACCUCUAACCCGGUACACAUCGCGCUAGCGACAUCAUCGCACAGCAGGAACUACCAAUUAAAGACCACCCAUCUGCAGGAUCUGUUCUCACUAUUCCCAGACUCCCAGCGCGUUUUGGGAGACGACUCUCGCAUUGGAAAGGGACGGGGGAAGCCGCUGCCGGAUAUAUAUCUGCUUGCGCUGGAGACUAUCAAUGCUGGUCUGAGGGAGCGAGGGGAGAAGGAGGUUGCGCCUGAGGAGUGUUUAGUGUUUGAGGAUGCUGUUCCCGGUGUUGAGGCUGGGAGAAGAGCGGGAAUGAGGGUCAUUUGGUGUCCGCACCCUGGUUUGUUGGAGGCGUAUAAGGGACGCGAGGCCGAGGUAUUGGCGGGGCUUACCGGGGAGCAUAAGGAGGCAGAGAAGUCGGUAUCAGAAAAGGAGGCUGAUGAGCUUACUGCGGAGAGGCUGCAGAGUGCAGGGAAGCCGGGACAUCUGAACGAUGGGUUUGCGGAAGUGCUUUCGACGCUGCAAGACUUUCCCUACGACAGAUAUGGCAUUCAGCCUGUAGAUGCGUGAUUCUUGAAAGACAGUCAAUGCUUUAAAGAUUAAGAAUUCAGGAUAGAUCUAUCUAAAUGACAAGCACAGCAACGUUAAUAACGUCAAUCAUCAAAUAUAUAUAUAGCCCGCUAACCCCCCAUCAUUACCAUAUACAACCAACCACCCCUUCAUAAUUAAUAUUCCAUCACUUCGUCUUGCGCUUCUCAUCAACCGCUUCCGCGGCCACAAACGCGCUUCUCACCUCCUUACCGGCCUCCCAAAGCACCCAAAGCGGGAUCCAGACCCAAAGGGUGUUAAAGAACACCAGAUAAAACCAAAGAUAAACCGCAUUUCCAGUCUCCAGCUGCGCGCUUCCAGUCAACCACUCCGGCGCAAAGGUCAUAAACCCGCCAUACAGCUCUGCCGUCGCCAACGCGGUAGCAACAAGCCACAGCUUCCCCUUCGCAGAUCCCUUCUCUUCGCUCGUCGCAUCCUGGCUAGAGUUCCAGAGCAAGUAGCAAACGUAGAUUGCGGCCGGU